UGCUGAUCCAUUCACGGGACACACAGGAGAAGAAUAGAAGCCUGCUUUCUGCGAGUCUGCGACCACUUUUGGAAGUAGGCUAAAGUAACACGAUUCCUCUGUACUCUCGUAGGAUUAAGGAAUGCAUGCAAAAUGAACUGAAUAUGAGGUCUUCUUCUGGACACAUUCGAUAUUGCAUCAACAUAUUUUUGGGUUUUGUAUUGUAUAAAGUGUGGGUCGGGGGAAACGUCGCAGCUUUCUCGGUUAUUUUAAGGUGACAAAGUCAUGAGAUCCUCAUCUUCACGCUUGUCAAGUUUUUCGUCAAAAGAUUCUUUAUGGAACCGGAUGCCGGAUCAGAUCUCCGUAUCCGAGUUUCUUUCGGAGACCACGGAGGAUUAUAACUCCCCCACGACGUCCAGCUUCACGACCCGCCUGCAGAGCUGUCGGAAUACCGUCAACGUUUUGGAAGAGGCUUUGGAUCAGGACCGGACAGCAUUGCAGAAGGUGAAGAAAUCCGUCAAAGCUAUCUACAAUUCAGGUCAAGACCACGUCCAGAAUGAAGAGAACUAUGUUCAAGCACUGGACAAGUUUGGCAGCAACUUCAUCAGCCGGGACAACCCUGACCUGGGCACAGCCUUUGUCAAAUUCUCCACCCUCACCAAGGAGCUCUCUGCUCUGCUCAAGAACCUGCUCCAGAGCCUGAGCCACAAUGUGAUCUUCACCCUGGAUUCCCUGCUGAAGGGAGACCUGAAAGGAGUCAAAGGGGAUAUAAAGAAGCCAUUUGACAAGGCAUGGAAGGAUUAUGAAGCCAAGUUCACUAAGAUUGAGAAGGAAAAGCGCGAGCACGCCAAGCAACACGGCAUGAUCCGCACGGAGAUCACUGGAGCCGAGAUCGCCGAGGAGAUGGAGAAGGAGCGCCGGCUCUUUCAACUGCAGAUGUGUGAGUACCUGAUCAAAGUUAAUGAGAUCAAGACCAAGAAGGGAGUGGAUCUUCUUCAGAACCUAAUAAAGUAUUACCAUGCACAAUGCAACUUUUUCCAAGAUGGCUUGAAAACUGCAGACAAGCUCAAGCAGUAUAUAGAGAAGUUGGCUGCUGACCUGUACAAUAUAAAACAGACACAGGAUGAGGAAAAGAAGCAGCUGACGGCUCUUCGGGACCUAAUUAAGUCUUCUCUUCAACUGGACCAGAAAGAGGACUCUCAGAGCAAGCAGGGUGGAUACAGCAUGCACCAGCUCCAAGGAAACAAGGAGUUCGGCAGUGAGAAGAAAGGCUAUCUGAUGAAGAAGAGUGAUGGGUUGCGGAAAGUGUGGCAGCGGAGGAAGUGUUCAGUGAAGAAUGGCAUCCUCACCAUCUCCCAUGCCACGUCCAACAGGCAACCAGUGAAGCUCAACCUGCUCACCUGCCAGGUGAAGCCCAGCGGAGAGGACAAGAAGUGCUUCGACCUCAUUUCUCAUAAUCGAACGUACCACUUCCAGGCCGAAGACGAACAGGAGUUUGUGAUCUGGAUCUCGGUGCUGACCAACAGUAAGGAGGAGGCCCUGAACAUGGCUUUCCGCGGAGAGCAGAGCACUGGGGAGGACAGCCUGGAGGACCUGACCAAAGCCAUCAUCGACGACGUGCUGCGCACGCCUGGCAACGAGGCCUGCUGCGACUGCGGGGCUGCUGAUCCCAAAUGGCUGUCCACAAAUCUAGGAAUUUUAACAUGCAUUGAGUGUUCAGGCAUCCACAGGGAAAUGGGGGUGCAUAUUUCACGAAUCCAGUCCAUGGAGUUAGAUAAAUUAGGAACUUCUGAACUCUUGCUGGCCAAGAAUGUAGGAAACAGUAGUUUUAAUGAUAUUAUGGAAGGGAACCUUCCUUUCCCUUCACCAAAGCCCACUCCAUCAAGUGAUAUGACAGUGAGGAAGGAGUUCAUCAACGCCAAGUAUGUGGACCACAAAUUUGCCCGUAAGACCUGCACAUCCGCGGCCGCCAAGAUGAGUGAGCUGUACGAAGCUGUGAAGUCCAGGGACCUACUUGCACUAAUCCAGGUCUAUGCCGAGGGGGUGGAGCUUAUGGAACCACUGCCCGAAACAGGCCAGGAGCCAGGAGAGACGGCGCUCCACUAUGCGGUGCGGACUGCGGACCAGACCUCACUGCACCUGGUUGACUUCCUUGUGCAGAACAGCGGCAAUCUGGACAAGCAGACGGAGAAGGGCAACACGGCGCUGCACUACUGCUGCAUGUACGAGAAGCACGAAUGCCUGAAGCUGCUUCUCAGGGGCAAGCCGGCGACCGACAUCACCAAUCAUAAUGGAGAGACAGCACUGGAUGUUGCCAGGAGGCUGAGGAACACCCAGUGUGAAGAACCACUGAUGCAGGCGGCGAAUGGGAAGUUCAACCCUCAUGUGCACGUGGAGUACGAUUGGUGCCUGCGCCUGGAGGAGAUCGACGAGAGCGACGAUGACCUGGACGACAAGCCCAGCCCCAUUAAGAAGGAGCGCUCCCCCAGGCCCCAGAGUUUCUGCCACUCCUCCAGCCUCUCGCCCCAGGAGAAGCUGUCCCUUCCCGGGUUCCUCGGGCUCCGCGACAAGCAGCGCCUCUCCUACCAGAUGUACAGCGCCUCCACCGACUCGCCCACCUCGCCCGUCAUCGACGCCCCGCCCCUGCCCCCCAGGAACAUCGGCAAAGCUCCCUCCACUGGCCCUUCCUCCACCCUCCCCCUGGGUUCACAGCCCCCUGGGGGCUCCAACCUGUCUAAGAAGAGGCCACCGCCCCCUCCCCCCGGACACAAACGCACCCUGUCUGACCCGCCCAACCCUCUACCUCACGGUCCACAGAGUAAAGGUGUGAUAACCUGGGGAAGUGACUCCACUCCAGUCUCUGUGAAUAAGACCUCAUUCGCAGCAAACAAGUUUGAAGGCAUUCCACAUCAGCUAAGCACUACUUCUUGUUCCGCCAAAUCUACAUUUGGUCCAAGGGUCCUUCCCAAACUACCUCAAAAAGUGGCACUACGGAAGAUUGACACCAUCCAUCAUCCCUCCAUAGACAAGCCCAGUCAGCCCCCUGAGUUGUUUCAGAAAUCCCUCCAGACUACUGAGACUCCUCACAAGGCUCAACUUCCAGAAAAGCCUAACCUGGGAGACUUGCCACCAAAGCCCCAGGUCUCAGACUUACCCCCAAAGCCGGGAGAAUUGCCACCCAAACCCCAGCUGUCUGACCUUCCCCCGAAACCCCAGCUCGGGGACCUUCCCCCCAAGCCUCAAAUCAAGGACCUCCCCCCUAAGCCCCAACUCUCGGACAUUCCACCUAAGCCACCAGUGGCCGACCCCAUCCAGAGGCCGCCCGCCGGGGAGGUAACACCGAAACAGCACCCCCCUGACGCAUUAGCCUCCACCCAGCAGGGGGAGCUGGUACCCAAACAGCCCAGUGAGGACACCAAUGGCACCCCACCCAGUGCCUCUGAGAUGCCUGUUCCACUGCCCAGGAAAAUCAAUACAGGGAAGAACAAAGUGAGGCGGGUGAAGACCAUCUAUGACUGCCAGGCGGACAACGACGACGAGCUCACUUUCGUGGAGGGAGAGGUGAUCAUCGUCACAGGAGAGGAGGACCAGGAGUGGUGGAUUGGACACAUUGAAGGGGACCCGGAGAGGAAGGGGGUGUUCCCCAUGUCUUUUGUGCACAUUCUGUCUGACUGACUGGAGGACGGACAGGUGUGAGGCCCCUCCUUCCUGCACAAGCUCCGCCCCUCUGGCCUCACACACCGUUGAGGGCACAGCCUCUGUACAUAGCUGCUGUUACAGCCAGAAGCAAAAUGGACACAAAACAAGGAAGAACCCUAUGUGGGUUCAUCUCUGCUUAGGGAUGAAUUACAUAUGUAUUGUAAAUAAAUGGUGUUAUCCUGCCUUUACCAGUAUUAUCAUAGCCUGGACCCUGGGACCUGGCACAUCUUACUGGGUUUGCUGUAGCCAUCCUCGGAGUCUAGCACUUAACAUCUUAGUCUAUGCUGUCACUAUAUGUGCGUGUAUAUACAUUGUAUGUGCAUAUGUAUGUGUAUAUAUAUGUGCACACUUCAGUACAUAUACAUACAUGUAUGUGUGUAUACACGUGUUUAUACAUACAGUUACCUCUGGUGGUUUAUUUUUAAGGCAAACUUGUUCAAAUCAUAUCCGUAUUAGCUUAACUGUUUAUUGGUGAUAUCGCCUCUUCUAUUCCUAGAAACAAUUCCUUUGCAAGUUCAGGAGAGCAAAUAAACAAGGAAUAGAUUAUUUAAUCAAUCCUCCACUUCUCUCCCUGUGGAGGUUGUGCUGCACAGAAAAGACAAUGCAACAACAAAGCCAGUGUAAAUGUUUUUUGUUUUUUUUAAGCUAAGUACAAAUGCACGUCCAAGGAUGAAAUAUGUAUUCAUUAAACAGAUUCCUUAAACUUG